AUGGACCUUUCCAGCCCCAGGUGCAGCCUGUGGAGGGGCCUCAUGCUGGUGGCCAGUCUGCUGGCCCGCCAGGCCUCUGGCCAAAUCUUCAUCACCCAAGUCCAAAGGAUCAAGGGAUAUGUGAGUAUCCUGGGCCUAGAGAACGCCCCCGAGAAUGUCCAGGAAUACAGCUGGUACCAGGGCACACAGGACAGCACAGGAAAUAUGAUUCUCAGCUACAAACCUCCCAAUCCCCGGGAGCCUGGGCCCAUGUAUAGCGGCCGGGAGAGAGUGACCGGAACAGGUGACUUGGUGAUCAGAAACUCUAUGCUAAAUGACACAGGAAACUACACCGUUCGGGUGGACGCUGGCAACGACACCCAAACAGCAACCGGCUGGCUCGAGAUUCACGUGUUGGGAAGCAACCUGGGCAUCUCAGUCAACGCCACCUCCCUGGUGGAGAACAUGGAUUCCGUGGCCGCCUACUGCCACACCAACGUCACCAGUGUCCCCUGGUAUUUGAAUGCUGUACCAACAUCCAUCAGUCACUGGAUAACUAUUUCCCCCGACAGAAAGACCCUCGUCAUGCACAGGGUCAGCCGCUAUGACAGGACCCUGCAGUGCGCGGUGGAAAGCCCUGAGGCCAUCCUGGCUUCAUUCCCAUGA